UAAACGUUUCGUGGAAUUGUUUACGUUGAAAGCGGUAACAUAAUGAUAUCAUAAAAUCUAACAUAACUAUACAUCUAUUUUAAUAUCGAGAACGGAAAAUUAUUAUAAUUAUACGAUUAAUACGGUUUUAAAGUAAGUUUGGAAUUGUAUCGGUUACGUAUAUUUUCCGUUGAUCGAAGUGUAGGUUAUAUUAUUAUAAAUGAGUGAGAAACAAAAGGUGUUAAUUUGUGGAGAUGUGGAGGGACACUUCAAAUUUUUGUUUAACAAAGUUGAGGCUAUCAAUAAGAAAAGCGGCCCGUUCGACUUUCUGUUAUGCGUCGGAAACUUUUUCGGUGAAAAUAAUAUAGAACUCGAGGUGUAUAAAAAUGGCGCAAAAAAUAUUCCUGUUCCGACGUACAUUAUUGGCGCCAAUAGUGAAAUUGACUUGGAGAAUUAUCCAGACGAAGAUGGUUGUGAAAUAUGUCAAAAUCUGACUUAUCUUGGGAAACGUGGAGUUUAUACUGCCAGUUCUGGGCUGAAAAUAGCUUAUGUCAGUGGUACAGAAAGCAAUUCAUCCGAAUCAAAACCCACUUGUUUCAGUGAAAGCGAUGUUAUAUCGAUUAAGAAUUCUUGCUUAAGAGGUCAACCCAGUUUUCGUGGUAUUGAUAUAUUGUUGACUUCUCCUUGGCCCAUGGGCAUUACAAAUUUAGACCCUAAUAAACCAAAUUUUACAUAUCGGGGUUCUAAAUUGAUUGCAUGGCUGGCUGUACAAGUAAAGCCAAGAUAUCACGUGUCUGCAUUAGAAAGAAUUCAUUAUGAAAGACCACCUUAUAGGAAUCAAGGUCAACAAGAAGGUAACAUUGAAAUAGCAACAAGAUUUAUAGCACUUGCCCCUGUAAUGAAUAGUCAAAAAAAGAAGUGGUUAUAUGCAUUGAAUUUGACACCUGUUGAUAGAACACGUCUAUCUGAUUUAGUUAUGAAAACUACAGAUGAGACGGAUAGUCCUUAUCCAAAGUCAAUGUUAUUUAACCAGCCUUCAUCACAGAAGGCAGAACCAAAACGUACACAGUUCUUUUAUGACAUGGAUUCUAAGGAAGUCACAAAAAGGUCAAGACAUGCAGAUGGUCCUAUUAAGAGACCAAAACCAGAAUUUGAUCAAGCAAAAUGCUGGUUUUGUUUAUCAAGUCCAGAAGUUUCAAAGCACUUAGUAAUAUCUGUUGGAUCAGAAGUUUAUGUUGCUCUUGCUAGAGGAGGAUUAGUAGAAGAUCACUUUUUAAUUCUACCAAUAACACACCACCAGAGCCUUUCUAUUUUACCAAAAGAGGUGAACGAAGAAAUGGAUCUGUACAAAAAUGCUAUAACAAAAUACUAUGCUACUAUGGAUAAAGUACCUGUAUUCUUUGAACGCAAUUACAAAACGUCUCAUUGUCAACUACAAGUUAUACCUGUUCACAAAAAUCUAACACCUGCUCUGAAAGAAAUGUUUGAGGAAAUGGCAGAGUGUAAUAAUUUUAAAAUAACCGAACUGCCGAUGCAUACGGAUUUGCAACAAAUUGCAAAACCGGGUAUUUUAUAUUUCUAUGUGGAACUGCCGGCCGGAAUAAAAUUGUAUUACAGAAUUAAAAAAGAUUUCCCGCUCCAAUUUGGAAGAGAAGUAUUAGCGUCUGAUAGAAUCUUAGAUAUCAAUGACAGGGUUGAUUGGAAAGAUUGUCAAAUGGAUAAAGAAGAGGAAAUUGAAUUAGCAAACAGAAUUAGAAAAGAGUUCCAACCGUUCGAUUUAGAUACGUGAAAAUGUAUGAAAUUGCAACAAAUUGGUACUGUAAUAUAUGUAAAUACAUUUAUAUGCGGUCGAUUUUGUGAAAUAUACAAAAAGAGUAAUUUAUUACAAUUUAUAAAAGAACAGAA